AUGUUCUUAGCUAUCAUCAACUUCGACACACUGGACCUAAUCAUCAAGAAUGUCGCCCAAUACCACAAUGGAGGAACAAUCAUUGAAAUGACCACAGCAGAGGCAGCUGACUACCUCAAAAAGAAUGAUGUAAAAGAAGAACUCAUCAAGAACCUAGACCUGAAGGUGGUCUUCAAAGACAGAGCAUAUCUGGUAGUUAUACAAUUUGUCCCACUAACUUUCAAUCCUAACAGCGAAAAUGAAAUCUGCAAACUCAAGCAAGAGAACGACUGGGAAGAAGGAGCCAUAUCAAUGGCAUGUUGGAUCAAACCUCCCAACAAGAGAACAGACCAACAACGAGUCACCCAUCUCCUAGUUACCCUCAAGAAUCCCAACAAUGCAAACAAAGCGAUACGCAAUGGAGUCACCCUAAACAAAAACUGA